UGUAGUGUGACGGGACGUCUGACAAUGUUGUUUGGCUAAAAUAAGUGACUAACGGUAUAUCGCAGGCGUCGAGUUUUAACAACCACUGCUAAUUCAUCAGGUCCUGUGCAUUAGGAAGGCACUACCUCAAUAUUGACGUUUGUAAAGACCAGACAGCACAAAGUAUAUCAAAUUUCGAGUUACGCCAGAAGUGAACUACAUGCGAGAGCUGUAGGCUACGUUAUCGAUGUAAGCAUGAUAUUACUGUCAUUUUUGGAGGAGAAAUUCGUGGUUUUCCUCGACUGUUGAUUCAGGAACCAGUGGCCUUUUCUAGGAACAUCAUGGACCUUUUAUGGAUUGUUUUGGUCCUUUGUGAUAUUAUUUUCCUAACAGACUGUGCUCGGGGUCCCCCACGUGUUUCAGAGAAAGUUGUCCACCGGCAGACGGUGAGGAUCGGACGGACCAUGAAGCUACAGUGUCCGGUGGAAGGUGACCCACCACCACUCAUUAUGUGGACCAAGGAUGGGCGCAAUAUCCACAGCGGCUGGAUGCGCUUCAAGGUCCAACAGCAUGCACUGCGCAUCAAGGAGGUGGAGGCCGGUGAUGCCGGUACCUUCAUCUGCAAAGCCACAAACGGCUUUGGCAGCGUCAAUGUCAACUACACCCUCAUUGUAAUCGGUGAUUCGAUCUCAGGAAGGAAUGAUGCUCAGGGAGAACGAGAGAACUCCCCCGAGCCAUUAGGAAAACUGGUGAGCCCCCGCUUCACCCAGCCAGCUAAGAUGAGGAAGCGAAUGAUAGCCCGGCCCGUGGGCAGUUCGGUCAGGCUUAAGUGCACGGCCAGUGGUAACCCCAGGCCCAACAUCAUGUGGAUGAAGGACAGCAGGCCCCUCACGCCGCAGGAGGUGGGCGAAGGCAGAAAGAAAAAGUGGACACUAAGUCUGAAGAACCUCAUGCCCGAGCACAGCGGCAAGUACACCUGCCACGUGUCCAAUCCAGCCGGGGAGAUCAACGCCACCUACAAUGUGGAAGUCAUCCAGCGCACAAACUCUAAGCCCAUUUUAACUGGCACCCAUCCCGUAAACACCACAGUAGACUACGGCGGUACCACAUCCUUCCAGUGCAAGGUGCGCAGUGAUGUCAAGCCCGUCAUACAGUGGCUCAAGCGAGUGGAGCCCGGUGAUGAGAGCAAGUACAACUCCACCAUUGAGGUGGGUGACCACCGAUUCGUUGUGCUGCCAACCGGCGAGGUGUGGUCUCGGCCAGAUGGCUCCUAUCUCAACAAGCUUCUCAUCACCCGGGCCAAAGAGGAGGAUGCCGGCAUGUACAUCUGCCUGGGGGCCAACACCAUGGGCUAUAGUUUCCGCAGUGCCUUCCUCACUGUGCUGCCAGACAACAAGCCCCACUUCUCCCCAAUACCUACUGUGUCCUCCCCUGGGCUCCCCUGGCCCGUGAUCAUCGGCAUCCCGGCCGGAGUGGUCUUUAUCCUGGGCACCGUGCUCCUGUGGUUUUGCCAAUCCAAGAAGCACUGCUCCUCAGGGGCCAUGGUGUCCGCCCAGGCCCUGUCCAAUGGGCACCGUCCUCCCCCGCGAGAGCGUGCCCUGCCGGGCGGAGACAAGGACUGCACGGGAUCCAUGUCCUACGAGGAGUACUUGACUCAGCAGCAGCAGCUGCUCCUGGCACAUGGCGCGCCCAAGAUCUACCCAAAGAUCUUCACAGACAUCCACACACAUACCCACUCACACGUGGAUGGGAAGGUCCACCAGCACCAGCAUAUUCACUACCAGUGUUAGCCUCGGUCCAGGCAGUGUGAGGCUCUCUCCGCUCCUGGUCUAUGCUCAGCUCCAUCCCUCCGCAGUCAAACUCCCCAGCUGGAGUUCCCCUUUGUAAGUUUGGACCUGCAGAACUUCAGCCAACUUUGAUAAGUCCUUGGGUCAAACUGCAUCACUGCUACAUGUUUCUACAGCCAGUAUCUGGAGAGUACAGACACGUACAUUUGAGCAAAGUCAUACACUUCCAUCUUCCAGACUGGAUAUCAGAAUAAUGUUACCACGAAAUAGAUAUGGAAUGUGGAAAAGGAAAAAAGGACAAUGCAUGACCCUGAAGUAAAAGAGAUGGUGUGUUUCAAACAAGCAAAUCUGAACACAACAGAGAGAAAAACAUUUUAUGAUUAUAUUACAAGCAACCCACAAUGUGCACGGUAAACAGAAAAAAAGUGAAUGUAUGGUCUCUUUGCCUCACAACACAUUGUGACCAUUGAGAUUUAUCUUUACAGUUAUGGCACCGCCACUUCUUUGUCAUUUUAGCUAUACUCAUGGACUCAGUUUGUGGAUGGGGCCAAAUGGUUCAAUUUCAACAGGCAGAACAUUUCAGUGACACCAGUUUGUGUUACUACACACUAUUCAGAAUUACUUGCCUGUCUAGGUGCUUGCAGGUAUAGAGGAUUUUUCACUGAAUCUUUAUAUGCCCAAAACAUAUUUUGUUGGACCCCCCCUUAAAGCUAGUUGAUUGCAUGAGGACCUAUAUGUAUACAUUAUUUUUGCAAGAGUCUUUAUAUCUGGUUUAAUAUAUGAACGGGACUUUUGUCUUUGGUACACAAAUUUUCAUAACAAUAAUUUUCUAAUCUUUUUUUUAAUUUUUUUAUUUAAGUAUAUCUCUUUUCCACUUGAUGGAAAGAAAGAAAACAGACUUGCCUGUUGUCUCAGACAGUAAUGGUGGUAAUUUUAUGUACUGCAGAUUUUGGUGAAGUUACUUAUAAAAUUCCAGUAAGGAAUGUAUAUCCGGUCUAAUCAGAGGUACCACAGUCAGAAUUUCCAGCUUUUGCUCAGGUGGCCCAUCCUUCUAUUUCUGUUCUAGGAUGUACUUGUAUUACCUUGACCACUAUAUGGAAACUGUGUGAAAAAAAAUGCCUUUGACUGCUCAAAUAAUGGCAGCCCUUGAAGAUUAAGAGAAUGAAGUUGGAACUAUGGCUUCAAAAUUAGAGUGAAACCCAAAAACUUUCCACAAUAUGGAGUGUGAAAAAAAACUAUCCCAGCCCAGUGUCUCUGUUUUUUCUGUGCUUACCCUAAUUGUCACAGUAAUGGGUGAGUGCUGAGCAGACUGCAGAGCUUAGAAUCCAUAGGAAUGCACUUACCCCAGUAUUUGUUCUGAGUAGUGAAAUUUUUAGGAUCAUCGCCCAUGUCAUUUUAGGAAGUAACCCAAAAUGGAAAUCUUAUCUGGCUUUAGCAGACCUGAAAGACAACAUGUUGUAGUUAAUUUAUUUGCUAGCAAUAUUUUUGUUACCUUAAAUUGGGCAUUACAUAAAUGAUUUGAACCAAAAACAAGUUCAGUUAAUGUCUUUUUCUUUUAUAGUUGCAAUGUAAGCUAUGUAGCAUAUAUCAAGUGUAAAAUAUUUAUAUGUAUUGUUUAAAAAGUACAAAGACUUUUUAGUAAUUAGUUAUCUUUGUAUGGACAAUCUUGUACAGACUGGCCUCUUUUUAUGUUUAAAAAUGUUAUUUGUUGUCACAUCAAACCAUUUAAAGUCAUUUUAUCACCAAUAAAAUGAUGAUCACCAAUAAAA